AUGUCGAAAGGAACGAAAAGAGGUUGUCUAUUCUGUGGAAUUAUUGCGGGAACAGAGCCCGGAAGAAUACGAGCAAGCCGGGAGUUGUAUACAGUUAUCGACGAUCUUUAUCCAGAUCACAAUCACACACUCGCCCUGCCCAACAAGCACAUCGAGAACGCCUCGAUUUUGACGAAAGAACACAUUCCACUUCUUCUUGAGAUGGCGGAAGCGUCGCUUGAUGUCCUCCGAGCCACCGGCUUGAAGCUACGUGAAACUGCAGACGAUUUGAUUUUGGAUAUUCAGUUCGACCAUUAUGGCACUUCUUAUGCCACUGCCUCCGCCGACCACUACCUCAGAAUCUACAAGAAAGACCAAAAUGGCCAGUACGUCUUUACCGCGGGUUGGAUGGCCCAUUCAGCAGCGAUCUGGCACCUCGAUUGGGCCCAUCCCCGCCACGGCACCGUCCUAGCAAGUUGCUCCUUCGACAAGCAAGUGAAAUUCUGGCUGCCCCCUGCAAUGAUCCGAAGCGCUUCUGAAGCAAAGAAGUCAACGGAUUGGGUUUGCUUUGACUCGCACGGGGUUGAUAAGCGAGGCUCGGUCACAGACGUUCGUUUCUCGCCAGAGUGGUUCAUGGCCGAUCACGGAGAGCCGAAUCCCAAAAGCGGAUCCAAAGUCUACGUCGCUUGCUGCACUUCUGACGGACAGGCAAAAGUUUAUUACGCUGAGAGCCCUGUGAACAAAAGGACCCAGUUCAAGGAGCUGCGCCCGUACAUUAUUAUCAAUAGCAACAACAGCAGCUUUCGAUGCACCAGCCUCGACUGGAGCAGGUUACGCAGGAAGUCGCAGUUGAUUGCCAUCGGUGCCGAAGUCAACGAAAAGAGCACACAGGCCCAGCAAGGAGCUGGAGCAGUGCAAGAAACUGGCAACUUUAGGCUGUACAGAUACAUGCAAAAAUCACCGUCGGAAAUCGAAGGGGGACAAGAAGGGGAAAGAGCAUGCUGGGACUUACUAGAGGGAAGCUCGUAUGCUCCUUGGGUCGACAAAAUAGAAGGGACGAUCAAUUUGAUCCGAUUCGCGAACAUCUUCGGCGGGAAUAGCCACACAUGUGCAAUAGCAGCCAACAACCUCGUCAUUAUCUCCAUACAUCCUGAUACGUUUCAAGUGACGCCGAUGCAGAUCGUUCUUCCGGACGGUCUUGCACUCGAAAAGACAUGGCGAUUGGCUUGGGAUAAAUCCGGGCGCGUCUGUACCGUGCACAACGAAAGAACGCUCCAGUGGACGCGUACGUAUUCCAACGACGAUAAACUUUGCUGGAUAGGCAAGGCGAUCUAA